AUGCGGGUUAGGGUUAGGGCUUCGAGGAGAUUGGUGGAGGAAUCUUUGAGGUGGGACGAGGAUGAAGAUGAAGGGGAGCCGAAUAUCAGCAUGUCCUUGAAUUCUCUGGAGGUGGGGGUGAGGGGAAGGGGCGGAAUGGUAAUUUCGUCAUCUUCUGGGAGAGGGCAGAGUGACGGAGGUGGAACCGACGGCGUUGUUUGGGUAAGAGAGGAGUGGCUCUUUCUCCAUGUCGGAUUCAGACGGAGAAGACAAAAGGGCUUUCGCCGCCGUCGGGUUUUUUCGCCUGAGAUAGUUAAAAGAUUUUCCGGUGGCGGUGCGGUGGUGGUGAUAUCGUGCGCCGGGAUUAUCACGAGGCGGUUUUUCGGAUUGUGGCGUCAGAGGUCAGUUGAGAAAUGCGACGGUGGUUUUAAUAAUGGAAGAUUGCGCCGGAGAACGGAGAGUACGUGGGAGGCG